AAAGUGACUCUUUUCAUUUGUUUGCACAUGGUGGUCAGAUCCUUAGACGUUGAGGUCAACAGGGAUUCAUACCUGUGAAGGACAAAAGAGCUCGACUUGGAUAAAUAAAUCUGGUUUUGUGGUGGCAGUAUGGACAGACGGAUAUUCUAUUGGAUAGUUUUGGUGCUUGUUGCUUCAUGUUGCAGCUCUGCUCCUGUUUCAGAGACUUUUGCUGUUUCUGUUGGGGAUCCUAAGUCGGUGCAGCGCGGCCAAACAGUCCUCAUGCCCUGCUGGCUCAAUCCAUCCCAGAAUGCUGAGAAUCUGGAGAUCCGCUGGUAUCGUGAGGAGAAUUUUGACACUCCGGCUAUUCUUAAAAUGCCAGGAAAGGCUGGUGUGCUCUCCAUGGAAGCUUCAUUUAUCGGCCGAGUCUCAUUUCACGCAAAGGACGCCACGUCUGGAGGCCUGAAAAUGGGCGACGUGAGCUUUCAGCUGACAAAUGUUACGAUUAAAGAUGAAGGGAAAUAUACGUGUUAUGUCAGCGGACUGCAGGAACACGACAGUGGAAGUAUGCAUCUCUAUGUGACUGAAACAGGAAGCCUCCCUGUUCUGUCUGCAGUGUGGCAAAAAGAUAACAGCGUGAAUGUGAGCUGUGAAUCUGAAGGCUGGUUUCCUCAGCCUGAGCUGCGCUGGUCAGAAGAUCAAACCAAUAACAGAGCGACGUUUGUCAGGGACUCCUCUGGUCUUGUCAGAGUCCACAGCUGGAUUGUGGUUAAUGCUUCAUCUGAGGUCUCCUGCUCAGUUGGUCUUCCCAACACAAAGGCCGUUGUAGUCAGACUCCGCCUGGAUGGGAACAUAGCAUCUGCACCAGAGGACUCUGGAUCCUCCAAUGGUGGAUGGAUUGCAUUCACAAUACUCCUAAUAAUCAUCAUGAUGGCUCUCCUUGGAUUCAUGCUCUACAAGAAGAAAGGGAAGAAAUCAGCUGACUGUAAUGAAGAGAAUGAGCCACUUUUGUCUAAAGAGGUGUCGCCGCUGACAGAUCUGUCAUCUGCUUCCCAGAAUUAUGUUAAUAUUAAACUGGAGAAAACAAAUGAGCUUCUUCUAAUCAAAGAACUAGAAGACAAACAGGGAGUCGUGUUAAGAGACAAUAGGGAAAAGCCUCUUCCCGAUGGAGUUCCUCAUUUCACAGCCAUCACAGGGACACCAGGCUUCUCUCAUGGAAAACAUUACUGGGAGGUUUCUUUGAAAAUUCCAAAUGUUCCCGUCAAACUGUCCUGGUGGAUCGGAGUCACAAGUUCACCUGAAAUCCCUCAAAGAGAAGAUUUCUCUCCAAACACAUCCAAUGGUUUCUGGUUCCUGUCUUCUUCUCCUGAAGAUAAAGAUCAUAUUCAGUUUAGCACUGUACCACAGGUGCGUCUGCCUGUUCACUCCAGACCACAAACAGUGGGUGUGUUUCUGGAUUAUGAUCAGGGAGAGCUCUCUUUUUAUGAUGUGGACUGUAAAUGUAUCAUCGGAUCAUUGACGGCUGAAUUUAGAGGACAAGUCUUUCCAUUGUUCAACCCUGGAAAAGGGGAAACAGCACCGAUGAGGAUUUUACAAAGAACAGAACAGAGUCAGAAUGUAGAUCCAGGUCCUGACAGAGAUGCUCCUCCACCAACAGGAGAAGAACGACCUCCAGCUGAAGCAGCAGAUCAUGCAGAACCAACUGCAGAAACUUUAGCUGCAGCUCCUCCUGAAGGAAAUGAAGCUUCUUUAGGAUCUACUGAAAGAUCUUUAGUUGCAGGAGCAGAUCAUUUAAAACCAUCUGUAGAACCUUCAGAAACUUUAGCUGCAGCUCCUCCUGGAGAACUUAAAGCUUCUCCAGGAUCUACUGAGGGAUCUAAAGCAGCUUCAGCAAAAUUAUGUGCAGAUCAUCCUGGAGAAAAUUGUGAUUGUGAGGAUUUGGAGCUGCAGCUGCAUAUUCUGGCAAAAAAGUUUGAGAGCAACCUACAAAUAUGAAACUAUUGACUUCUCCAUAUUCUGUGUUUUUUAACUCUAACCCUUUUUUCUGUUGUACAUUAAUAUGAACCUCAAUCUGCAGCAUUGUAUUCAGCUAUUCACAUCGUAUUAAGACAAACAUGAGCAGCUAAUAAUAUUUCUAUGGCAUUAUUCAUCCUUUAAUGUAAAUUACAUUUAUGUCCAGUUUUUAUAAGCCACGUGAAACGUUUCUGAAUCCAAGCAGCUAAUUGUGAUACUUCUGAACAGUGUGACAAUGAUACAGCAGAACACUAGUAUUUGUGCUUUGAGGUGCAGCUCAAUGCUUUUCAAAAAUCGUCUUAGGCUGCAGCCAUUCACUUGUUUACUUAAAUGUGUAUCUUUCAGUUUGAUUUCUGCAUCAGUGAAAUAUUAACAAAGGGUUCUGGUUUUGUUUAGACGGACAAAGAUGUUGGUGCCUCGCUGAAGAAAUAAGCAGUAUCUGACAUUUUUGCUUGUAAUACUUCAAAAAACUAACUUUGUACGUGAAGCUUCAACCUUGUAAAGUAAAAUAAAUCUUCUUAGUGAAGACA